CCGUCAGUUUUGUAUUAAUUUUACGCAAAAAAACGUUUUGUUUAUGUUUUUUGCGGUCACUUUUGGGACCAGACUUUCGGUGAUAAUCAGUCCGCAGACAAGUCUUUCGGUGUCACCACUCGGUCGGUGAAUGUGCGGCGCGUUAUAGUUACCAAUAAUCACUUCCAGACUCUCUCAAGACAUGGCCGACGCGGCGGACGACGACUUCGAGUUCCAGUUGGCUCAGGAGGAGAGGGAAAGGGAGGCCAAAGCGGCGGUGAAGACACGGGUGGACCCGACGGACGGCACCGAAUACGAGUGGAACGAACACAUGAAGGCCUGGUUCCCGAAGAUCGACGACAACUUCAUCGCCCAAUACCAGAGCCAAUACGGGAACUUCGAGGACAACAACAACGCCGACACUACCGCUACCACCGCCGGCAACACCUCUACCGACCACCAGUUCACAGCACCCGCGCCGCCGCUUUCAACAGAUCCACAGUCGACCGGCGAUAGCCGUAAGGACUCGAAGACAAAGUCAAAGGACAAGCCGUUUGUGUCGAAACUGUUGGCCAAACGCAAAGAGGAGGAGCCGUCGCCCGAGUGGUUCGACAUCGCCGACGAACACAACACCAAAGUAUACGUGAAUAAUCUGCCCGAAGACACCACCGAAGAGUCAUUCCUGGAACUGAUGAAAAAGUGCGGUUAUGUGGCCAAAGACGAGCGCAACGAGUUUAAAGUGAAACUCUAUCGCGACAGCAAUGGACAGCCGAAGGGCGACGGACUCUGCACUUACCUCAAGAGGGAGUCCGUGGAUCUGGCGCUCAAUAUACUCGACGGCUAUCGGGUCGGCGACCGGACAAUCAGUGUCGAGAGGGCGAGGUUUACGCCCAAAGGCCAAUACGACCCGUCACUGAAGCCGAAGCGCCGCAAACGCGACAAACAGAAGGAGAAGAAGAAGAUUGAGAAACUGUUGGACUGGAGGCCCGACAAAGUGGUCACUGAGCGGCCGAAGUGCGAGAAAACUGUAGUGAUUAGCAAUAUGUUUGAUCCGAAGGACUUCGUGGCCGACGCUAAGCUUAUACUGGAAUACCGGAGCGAUUUGCGGGACGAGUGCGGCGAGCGGUGCGGCGAAGUGAAACGUGUGGACGUUUACGACUGCCAUCCGGAAGGGGUGGCCGCUGUGGUGUUCGCCGAGUUCGCGGGCGCCGAUCAGUGCGUUCAGCUCAUGAAUGGCCGCUUCUUCGCCGGCCGGCGACUGGCGGCCGAGCACUGGGACGGCCGGACACGCUAUAAGACCGACGAGACCGAGGAGGAGGCGGCCAAACGUAUACAACAGUGGGACGAGUAUCUGGAAAGGGAGGCCGACGCCGCUGAGGGCGGCGAUGGUGGCCAACAGCAGCCGCAGGUGGCGACAGCUGGACCCUUGCCAGCCGUGCCCUCCGGUGCGGUCGAUAGUACUGAUGACUGA